UUUAGUAACUUUGUUGUCUGGUUUCUAAGCUGCGAUCAGCAGCGAUCAGUGAUCAUGUCGGCAGGAUGGCUGAUAAACAGUUUUCGUUCGACUUACAGUCACAUAGCUGGAUGCAACGUGUACUCUUGUUUAUUUGUACAAUCACGAAAUUAUGCAGCUAGAAAAGGUACAAGGGAAAAAGCCAGAAAGAAAAAAGUAAAGGCAGCAGUUCAAAAAGUUGGAUUUGUCCCUGCUAACAAAUUUAAGAAAGAUGCUGAGAAAGAAAUUAAAAGAGUUUCUCCAUUUAUAAUGCUACAUGAUUUUUGGAGAAGGAAACAUGUUGAUAAUGUAUGGCUCAUAAAAUAUCAUCGAAGACCAGUUUUUUCUUUACAAGAGGCUAUAGAAUUUCAUCGUGAAACACAUCAUCCCACUGUGUUCAAUCUACCGAACGCACAUAUCAAUGCACUUAUUGAAUUAAAUUUGCAUUAUGACAAAAAAAAAUACCUUGACAAAAUUUCAAGAAUAGUAGAAGUACCUCAUCCAUUUGCUCUACAAGAAGAUAGAACAAUAUUAGCAUUCUGUAAAACUGCUAAUGCUCAUGAUGCUGCUGUUAAAGCUGGAGCUAACUUUGUUGGUGGUGUCGAACUCAUCAAACAAAUUCAAAAAUUUCCAAAUGUGAAAGGAGGUACUUUGAGUAAUAAUAUUGGCCAACUUGUUAAAAAGUUUAAGGAUGGAAUAGGAUAUUCUUUAGUACAAGACAAUACCUAUAAAGCUUAUGGUAUAAUUGAUUUUCCUUUUGGCACGCUUAAUAUGGAUCUAAGACACUUACAGGAAAAUUUUAGCGCUGUUAUUAACGAUGUGCAAUCAGUGAAACCAAAAAGUGAUGCAUCAUUUAUCCAAAGAGUUCGUAUUACGAGUUUACCAUCGCGAGAGAAGUUUAAAAUUGAUUUUGAACAGUAUCUUCCUAAGGAGGCUCAGAAAGCAAUAGAAGAUGACGAAGAAGAACAGGAUAGCAAGAGUGGAGUUAUUGCUCUACAAUGA